GGUUCAUUCACUCCUGCUUUAACCGGGUUAUAAACGCGUUUUAAUAAACAUCUCUUUUUAUCGUUUUUUUAAACUAACGGACCUAAACUCUCAGGUGGGCGGAGUCAUCGCUGUGCACGCGGCUCGCGGCGGUUCUCCCGCCUCACCCACACGAACAAAACAAACGGACGUUACAGCGGCUGCGUUUACACACAGAACUGAAUCCAUCAGACAUUUACAUGUAAAAGAAACUGCAGACAAACCGGAUCAAAGUCAAACUGAGGAUAAAACUGAGGGAUCUGCUCACUGAGGUGUCAGGGACCAGGACGGGUUCUGCAGCAGCAGGAUGAGUGACAUCUGUUUGGCUUCAGCCUCCUCCACCGGCUCCAAGGUAACAGGCCCGUCAACAGGAUGCAGUUCCCCUGGCAACGAGCCUCCAGCCUUCGUCCUCCCUCCUCGCAAUGCCCGGGUCACCCUGGGGGGAGACGCCCGACUGGAGGGGAAGGUGCGUGGUCAUCCUGAGCCUCAGGUCACAUGGUACAGAGAGGGGAAGCCUGUGAUUGGUGGAGAGCGCUGUGUUGCGGAGCAAGGUGGGCGGGGCACAUUCAGUCUGGCGGUGGGCGGAGUCACAGAGGACGACCUGGGGCGUUACACCUGCCAGGCCACCAAUCAGGCAGGUAGCCGGCAGGUUACCGUGGAGAUCCUUCUGCAAGAGAAUUCUGGGAAGAAAUACGUCCUCCCGUCCUCCAUGAAGACAGGGUGUCGCUCCGCGGUCCCGGCGGUGGAGAACAGGCCCAGUAUUUGGGGCGAGAGUCCGCCGAAGUUCAUCACCAAACCGAGCCGAGUGUUCAUCAAGCUGGGACAGAGCGGGAAGUUCUCCGCCAAGACAACAGGACGUCCCCAGCCCCGGGUCACAUGGUACAAGGGGGAGGUGGAGCUUCAGUCCAGUGGGCGGGUCAGUAUGUACGAGCGCUCUGGCCUCCACUUCCUGGAGAUAAAGGAAGUCCAUGUGGACGACGCAGGAAGUUACAUGUGUUCGAUCAGCAACAGCACCGGAACAGCGACCGCCACCGCCGAGCUCCACGUCCAAGGUGUUCCUGAGGACUCCUCCAGGACUGUCCACCCAGCUGAGACCACACACACCAGGACAGAGGACAGAGCUGCUCCCAGUGCUCCCAGUGCUCCCAACUCCCAGGCAGAGCAGCCCAGACUCAGGGACAAGCAGCAGAGCCCCCUCACUCAGGCUGGACAGACUCAGACAACUACAGUUGCUCCAGUCACAGUCCAGUCAAUCCUCAGACCUGGUCAGACCGGUUCAGUCCAGUGGCCAGCAGCUGUUUCAGGCAGCAACAGGGCUGUGAGGAGGUCGGUGUCGGGGUGCAACCUGCGAUUCGAGGCCAUUCCUCUGGACCAGGAGGCCACAGAGGGAGGACAGGUGGCGUUCACCUGCCAAGUUUCAUCUGUUGCCGUUGCCAUGGUGAGCUGGCUGAAGGACGGGAGGCCAGUGAGGACGGGACCAGGUCUGCAGCAGAGACAGGACGGGACUCGUCUCACCCUCACCAUUGAGAGAGUGAGACAGGUGGACCAGGGAACCUACAGGUGUCAGCUGACCACAGCUGAGGGACUGACUGUUGACUCUGCAACGUGGACGCUCAGUGUCCACAGUGUGUCUCGUCCUCCAGUCUUCCUCAAUGAGCUGCAGGACUGCUCUGUCUCAGAGGGUCAGGUCUUCAGCCUGCAGGUCUCUGUGGAGGGAAAACCUGCUCCAUCAGUCUGCUGGCUGCUCAAUGAGCGCCCUCAUCCAGCCGCUGCUCGGGCCUCGUACGUCGGGGGCGUGGCCACACUGACCGUCCAGAAGGCGUCACAGCAUGAUGAAGGAGUGUAUAUGUGUGUGGCCGAGAACAGCUACGGCAGAGUAGAGAGCAGCACCCGAGUCCAGGUCAAAGGCCGACUGCAGGGUCGCAGGUCAGAGGUCACAGAGGUCAGAGGAGCAUUUGAGGCUCCGCACUUCAUCAGCCGCCUGACUGACCUGAAGGUGAUGGACGGCAGCAGAGUCACCAUGACAGUGGAGCUGACAGGUCACCCCCCUCCAGAGGUGGUGUGGCUCCAUGACGGUCAGGAGGUGACGGAGUCAGAGGACUUCCACCUCCUCAGGGAGGAGAACCGCUGCACUCUGCUGAUCCAGGAGGUUUUCCCCGAGGACACGGGGACCUACAGCGUCGAAGCCUGGAACCAGCACGGCCGGGACCAGACCCAGGCCCGGCUCACUGUGGAGGAGCCUCAGGACGGCAUCCAGCCGUGGUUCAUCACCAAACCCAAACCGGUGAGUGGCAUUGUGGGUCAACAUGUCCUCCUGUCCUGUGCCAUCGCUGGAGACCCCUUCCCCCAGUACACCUGGACCAGAGCAGACCUGAGCCGACCUCUGACCUCCGGAGGAGACUAUGAGCUGCUGCAGAAAGAGGACGUCAUCUCCCUGCUGAUCAGGAGAGUAAAGAAGCAUCAUGCUGGAGACUACUUGAUCAGCCUGAGGAACUCUGUAGGGGAGUGUGUCGCUGUGGCCAGUCUGUCUGUGACUGAUGGAGAGACGGACAGGACAAGAGGACGAGGAGGACGAGCUGCAGAGGAGACCAGCCCUGCAGCAGCAGGAGGAAGAGGAGGAGGAGGAGGAGCAGCUGGUGAAAGCGCGGCGCUGAGAGGAGGUGCCAGAGGAGGAGGAGGCGUGGAGCAGAGAGGCAGCAGCAGCAGCCGUGGUGUCAGUCGGCAGUGGCAGGAGGCCAACAAGGAGCAGAAGGAGAACCAGCCUCUCCUGCACCUGCACCAGGAGGAGAAGAGGAAGAAGGAGGGCGACCAGGACUCAGCCGCCGCCACUACUGCCGCCGCCGCCGCUCCCCGAGGCCUCCUCAAACACUGUGUAGAGACCAGGGAGCGUGGAGAAGAGGAGCUGCGACAGAGGGAGGCGCAGCAGCUGGACUUCCGCUCACUUCUGGGACGCCGAGCUUUUCACGCCAAAAACAACCAGGGAGAGGAGUCGAGGGAGGCCGGCCUCGCCACCGCAGAGAACCGCCACCAUCACCAGAUGGAUUUUAAGGCCAACCUCAAGGGUGUCAAACCCAAGUCAGAGGAGGAGCGCAAGGUGAACUCGCCGCAGCAGGUGGACUUCCGUGCAGUGCUGGGGAAGAAGGGUGGCGCCGCUGGCAACAGCAACAAACCGGCCGAGACGCCUGGAAAGAACGCUGCCGAUUUCCGCUCCGUCCUCGCCAACAAGAAGAAGCCGGACACUCCCGAGAAGAACGGGGAGAGCGGGAAGAUGGCAGUGAACAACUGUGUGGACGGAGGGAUUAAUGAGAAGAAGAGCGGAGUUGGAGGGAAGGCGCCAGAGUUCACGGAGAAGCUGAGCGAUGUGACAGUGCUGGACGGCCAGCGGCUCCGGCUGCAGUGCCGCCUCGCCGCCGCCACCUCUGGACCCGCAGACGUCACUGUCACCUGGACGCUGGACGGGAAGGUCAUCAAGCCGUCCAAGUUCAUCAUCCUCGCCAAUGAAGGCGGCCUGUGCUCUCUGACCAUAGACAAAGCUCUACCAGAGGAUGAAGGCCAGUAUAAAUGCAGAGCCGAGACCUCAGGAGGAAAAGUUGAAUGUUCCUGUAUGGUUCUAGUAGAUGACCCAACAGAAAACUCUCCGGCCGACAAGAAGUCCAAGAAGUCGACUCCGACCUCAGAGAGUGAAGCCAGGAUAAAGAAACCGACUCCCAAGACCCCCCCGAAACAAGCUCUGCCCCCUCAGAUCCUGCAGUUCCCGGAGGACAUGAAGAUCCUGGCUGGAGAGAAGGUGGAGAUCCACUGCAAGUUCUCUGGAGCUCCACCCAUCAACUGCACCUGGCUGAAGUUCAGGAAACCAAUCCAGGAGGGCUCGGCUGACAUCUCCAUCCAGAGCAGUGACAGCAGCAGUAAACUGACCAUCUCCAGCGGUCAGCAGGAACACUGCGGCUGUUACACCAUUGAGCUGAGGAACAGCUACGGCCUCCGACAGGCCGCCCUCAACCUCACCAUCGUCGAUAAACCCGACCCCCCAGCGAAGGUCCCAGCAGCCUCAGAUAUCCGGCGGUCCAGUCUGACCCUGUCGUGGUACGGGCCGACCUAUGACGGAGGCAGCGCCGUCCAGUCCUACAACCUGGAGAUCUGGGACUCUGUGGAGCCGCAGUGGAAACACCUGGUGUCCUGCAACAGCACCUCCUACAACGUGCAGAACCUCCUCCCAGAGCGUCAGUAUAAGUUUCGAGUCAGGGCUGAGAACAUUUACGGGAUUGGAGAACCGAGCGCCGAGUCUGAACCCGUCACUGUGGGACUGGUGGACGACGAGAACCAGGACGAGGCUGAGGAGGAGGAUGACGACUCAGAGAAGGAGCCGGACUACAGAGACGUGACCAUCAGAACAGACGUGAAGGUGAAGGAGCUGUACGACGUGGAGGAGAGGCUGGGAACGGGAAAGUUCGGUCAGGUUUUUAAACUGUUGGAAAAAGCCACCAAGAAGGUUUGGGCGGGAAAGUUCAUCAAGGCGUACUCAGCGAAGGAGAAGGAGAAUGUGCGGCAGGAGAUCGGCAUCAUGAACAGCCUCCAUCAUCCCAAACUGGUCCAGUGCAUCGACGCCUUCGAGGGCAAGUCCGACAUCGUCAUGGUCCUGGAGAUGAUCUCUGGCGGCGAGCUGUUUGAGCGGAUCAUCGAUGAGGACUUUGAGCUGACGGAGAGGGAGGUGAUCAAAUACAUGCUGCAGAUCAUCGACGGCGUCAGCUUCAUCCACAAACAGGGCAUCGUCCACCUCGACCUCAAGCCUGAGAACAUCAUGUGUGUCAACAAGACCGGCAGCAAGAUCAAACUCAUCGACUUCGGCCUCGCCAGACGACUAGAAAACGCAGGAACUCUGAAGGUUUUGUUUGGGACACCAGAGUUUGUGGCUCCAGAGGUGAUCAACUAUGAAGCCAUCAGUUACCCCACUGACAUGUGGAGUAUAGGAGUCAUCUGUUACAUACUGCUUAGCGGUCUGUCUCCCUUCAUGGGCGACAAUGACAACGAGACUUUGUCCAACGUCACCUCGGCAACCUGGGACUUUGAGGACGAGGCCUUUGACGAAAUCUCAGACAACGGCAAAGACUUCAUCACCAACCUGCUGAAGAAAGACAUGAAGUCUCGGCUCACCUGUGCUCAGUGCUUUGAACACACCUGGCUGAAACAGGACACCAACACCAUGAAGGCCAAGAAGCUCUCCAAGGAGAGGAUGAAGAAGUACAUCCUGAGGAGGAAGUGGCAGAAAACAGGUCACGCUGUCAGAGCCAUUGGGAGACUGUCGUCCAUGGCCAUGAUGGCUGGAGUCAGCGCCAAGAAAGGAUCUCCCACUGAAGAGGAUAACCAGUUCCUGGAGUGUUUGGAGUACGAGCAGAAGACGGAGUGUAAGCCCAGCUUCAGCUCGGUCAUCAAAGACGUGGAGGUGGUGGAGGGCAGCGCUGCUCGCUUCGACUGCAAGAUAGAAGGUUACCCCGACCCUGAGGUGGUGUGGUACAAAGAUGACCAGCCAAUCAAAGAGACCCGACACUUCCAGAUAGACUAUGAUGAAGACGGGAACUGCAGCCUGGUCAUCUCAGAGGUGUCAGGCGACGAUGACGCCAAGUAUACGGUCAAGGCUGUCAACAGUCUGGGGGAGGCGACCUGCACCGCUGAGCUGCUUGUGGAGGUGAUGGCCGGAGAGGAGGAGGAGGAGGAGGAGGAGGAGGAGGAGGAAGAAGAGUAAAGAAGCCACCGCCUGGACUCCCGCAGGGAGGAGGCAGCGUGGAAGUUGCUUUGGUCCAGACGAGUUCAUCACUCCUCCUCACCUGAGCAGGAAGAACAGGAGGGUGGGGUUUACACACCUGGACAGGACUGCUCACAGGAAACAGGUUUUAAAGAGUAACUCCUCACCUGGCUGCAGGUGACUCCACACUACAAUGUGACAUCACUGCUGGGCGUGGCUUCAGGUGAGAGACUCUGCUGGUCGGCCAGGUGAUGAGUUACUCUUUGACCAUGAGCACCUGCAGCCUUGUAGUCAGUAUUCAUCACCACGGUCACAGACGUAGCUCCGCCCCCACGAUGUUUUACUGUUCACGGAAAAAAAAAGUCAGAUUACUUCCUGCUUUGUUUCACAGUCUCUCGUUUAGAGGAGCAGUUACUUUCUCACCUGCACCAUGCUGUGUGCCAAACUCCACCCACCCACCUGAAGCCCCACCCCUCUCACACCAGCCUCUUCAUGGAUUUCCUCUGACAGCUCCAUCUAUUGUGUAUGAACCCAGGUUAAUUUUUUUACACUGAUCCACAGAAAAAGACAACAACCAACAUUUAUCCUCAAAAAUCCACGUUACAUGUUUGUGAUGAAGGAAAUUAUAUAACUAUAAACCAAGAGGAAGAAAUUAAACACAAAUGAAACCUGUUGAAUCAGUCCAAUUUUAACAAGUCAUAAAAACAAUAAAUUAGAUUCAUCCUCGGCUCCCUCAGCAUAGGCUCAUGGGAGCUGUAGUUGUUGUCAUGGUUGCGGGACUUUGUGUAUAACUAAACCAUGAAACAUGUACUGUAUGUGACCCAGACCUGGUUCCUGUGGGAGUCCAGGUGAGGAAGAGGAAGAUACGAUGGAUGCAGUGAAGAGGAAGAUGAUGAGCCGUAUAUUCACAGAGUUGAGUAACGAAACAAUAAAGUGAUUCACUUCAAAACAACAAGGCAAAAGACGUCCAGAAUCGUGUUAGCGCUGAAGCUAACACAGUGAUUAAAACAAAAUAGAUGAAAAUCACAUUUAUCACUUAAAAAUGAUCCAGAUGUUACCAAUAUUCACCACUGGGUGUUAAACAUCACUAGAACUCAUAAACACAGAGCUAACUAAUUACAUUUUUCAGCUAAUGCUAACCUAACUAAUGCUAGCUAACAAACAUUAGCUCACAGGUAACUCAGGUUGCUAUUGAGAGUGAAAACAACAGUAAGAAUAUAACUUCUACAGAUGAACUGACCUUGAUUGUUAAACUAAAGCUAAUGAACAUUAGCUAAUUAGGAGGAAAGAUUUGUGCUGUGAGGAGUGUAGCUAACAUCGUCACAAACAUCAGCUAUUGAGAGGAGGUAAUUAAAACUAGGGUUUCUGGGUAAUGAAGCCCUUUCUUUAAACCAUUGACACUUACCACUAGAUGCUUUAAUGUUGAUGUGACGCAACUCUGUGGAUUUACAUGAGGCUCAGGAUGAACCAGAGUGACGACGGUGAUGAUGAUAAAUUAUAAUGUUAAUCUUGUUUUCAUUGUUGUCAUGGACACCCCCCCCCCCCCAUGUCACUCAGCUUGUCUCCUCCCUCCUGUCUGAGCACUUUUCUCUGUCUCGUUUGUAUUUUUGAGUUUUAGCCCUGAAGCUUCUACAGCUAGCAUCACGUCUGCCUUACAACAUUAGCAUUAGCCUUUAAGCAACAUGGUGACGCUUUAAAUGACAGUUUUCUACCAGACAUCUGUCACAUUGUGGGAUCGUCAUUUUUCCUUUAGCUGCCUUAAAAAUAACAGUUUGUUUACAGUGCAAAACUCCCAGAAUGCACUGCUACACCACUGUUCAUGUUUACUUUUUCAAACAUCAGCAGUGACCUGGGAAGACGUGAAAACCAGGAAGUGUCUCUGAAACUCAUUUAGUUGGUUUAUGAAAAACACUGAAGACAUCACAUCCUGUAAUUAUGGAUUCAUUUUCUCAUAGUUACAACCUAUUUUAUUUGAAACUUGUAAGUUUGAGAUACUAAGUCACAAUUACAAGAUUUCUUAUUUACAAAAUCUAUCAUAAUUUAUAUCUUGUAAUUAUGACAUAAUUUCCUCUAAUUAUAAACUGGUAUUAUGGUGUAAUAACUUUUUUAAUUAUUACCUUGAAAUUAGAUGGUAAAGAUAAAUUAAAAUAUCAAGCUCUUUGAAAAGAUUACAUCCACGAUGACAAAUGUUCUGUAUUUCAGAAUUAUGAGAUAAUUACAGAUCUUGAGAUUUUAAAUAUAAUUAUAAUACACUGAGUUAUAAUUACAGAUCUUAUCUCGUCUUCCAGCCACAUGUUAUAAUGGUGAGAUUAAUAUUAAAUACAUGAGAGCUGAAUCUUGUAAUUAGUAUUUCAUAAAUAUAAAAACAGAUUUUAUCAUUAUUAAAUCAUAAAGAUAUAGAUUUUGUAAAUAAAAGUUUCUAAGAAUUAGAUAUAACAUCCAACUCCAAUCUUAUUUGUUUUCAUUGCAAAUAAAAAUGAUUUCUGUGAUUUCUGGAAUAAUUAAAUAAAUGGUUCUGUUUUCUUCCCUGAGCUUUCAACACCAGCAAAGUAAAAUUAAUUUUCAAAUGAUUUUCUUGAUUUUAUGAAAUUUGAGUUUGAGUGAAUUUGGAUCGAAGUGACGGAGAAACAUUGUCACUGUGUCGUUUAAUGAAAAAGAUUUUUUGUUGAUUAAUAACUGAAAUGUUUGAGGCAGCAGCUCCGUGUUCGGUAGAAAUCAGCCGUGAUUUAAACGUCUGACGUGCGUGUCCACGCUGAUGUCAGAGUCUUUUCUUUGUCACAUUCCAGCUGUUUGUUUGUUUGUUUGUGCUUUGAUCCAUUUAUUUAAAGGCUGAUUCAGUUUUCAACCAGAAUCCAAAGACGCUUGUUUAAACCUCACAGGUGUGUGUUUGUGUGUGUGUGAUCAUCUGCUUCAACUUUACCUGUUUGUGUGUUUGAUGGUUGUUUGUGUUUAAGAAUGUUUUAUUUUUAAACUUAUUUAAUGCACAGAUUCAUAGUAAUAAUAUUAUCAUUUGAGCAUCCGUCUCCAUGGAGAUUCUCGUCAGCACUUAAUUUGUCACAGUUAUUACACCCCUCCAUUUUGUUCUUGUAUUAGAUGUAUGUAGAUUAUAUUUGUCUAAUUUUUAUAAAUAUCUAUCAGUUUGAUGAACAUGGACAUGUAAGAGAACGACUGUAGUUACUCACUGAUACCAAAUAAAUUUUUAUCACUAAACCAAA